UUAAAUGUGCUACGCAAUGGAUAUUGUUACUUUGGACCCAACUGGACUAUACUAAAAGCUGGAAAUUAUUUACCACAUCAUCAUGGACGGCCUGACCCUAGACCCCACUGGUCAGUACUAACUAAUGGCUUUUAAGAGUUUGGACCCGACCGGUGUGUAUUGAACUUUCUUAUUAGAAUAUUUCUUAAUAAAAUGGCGGUAAAGGUUCUCGAUCCUACCGGACAAUACUAAAGUAACAAAAUGGUCGGGUUAGAUCCCACAGAAAUCUACUAAACACUUUCUACCUUCUAUGAGGCAAUAUGUGCUGCGGCAGACGGAGAAUUCUUACUGGCACGCGCCCAGAGGAAACAUCUUCUUGUAGGAAAAGGAGGCAUUCGUUUGAAACCUAACUGACUUCCGAAUAAUGACAACAGCUGUAAAUAAUCCGAAUAAAUUGAAGGGGGGCGUGAGCGCAAGGUCAUCGGAUGGAAAUCAGCUGACUUGCGCGCAGCGUGCUAUCCGGAAAUGCAGACAUAGAAAAAAAACUCUGUGCAGUAACUUAGUUCAAAAAACGCUUGUUACAGAAGAUCCUUAUUAUUAUGAGAUUAACAAAACGCGUAAUGCGCCCGUGUUUGCCGAAAUAUCCAGUUCAACAACCCGGCGAACGCUCGAUCGGGAGUUCAAAAUAGACGCGAACGCGGCCCGGCGCUCUUCGGCGACACUCGAAAAUGCUCAUCCGCGCCUUUAUUCCCGCCUUUAUUGGACCACAUGAUUAUAAAUAAAUAAACGGUUCACA